GUCCCGCGCGUUUCGCACAGUGUGCAAUGCCAAACCCGGCGUACUGUACAUCUGAGAAAAAAAAGUUGGACUUUUGUUGGCGUCAAGGUCAACCUCGCCUUCUAAUUCAUCACCACGAGAAUGUCCAACCCCAAGAAAAGAUCGGCCGAGGACGGCCCUUCUUCUCAAAAAGCGAAGAAAAAGAAGAAGGCCAAUGCUUCGGCUCACGAUGAUCUCUACAACACAGAGCUGGGCGUGAACACGCUCUUCGCGAAAAUGGACAACCAGUUGUUGGCGGACUACCUCGCUCAAAAACUCACACGUUUCGGAAGCGAUUUGAGCCCCGUCGAGAUCUCUGAUCUUACCCUACCAGCUGGAUGCAUCAAAGACACCAGUUCCUUUGAGAAGGAUCGUGUCGCAGAUAACCUGCCCGUGUUCAUGGAGCAAUUCACAGACAAGCCCGACAACUUGAGCAGGCCGCAAAGGAAGAAAGGUCUUCCUCAUACUCUCAUCGUGGCAGGGGCCGGCCUGAGGGCGGCAGAUCUAACCCGUGCUGUGAAGAAGUUCCAGGGCAAGGACAAUUUGGUGGCGAAGCUGUUUGCCAAACACAUCAAGAUUGAGGAGCAGGUGAAUUUCCUGAAGAACAAGAAGACGGGUAUCGGAGUUGGCACACCAGCGCGGUUGGCCGAUCUCAUUGACAACGGUGCCCUGUCUCUGGAGAAUCUGCAACGUAUCAUUGUUGAUGCAUCGCACAUUGAUCAGAAGAAGCGUGGCGUCAUUGAUAUGAAGGAUACGAUGAUGCCACUGGCGCGUUUCUUGACAAAGGACCAGAUCAAGAGCAGAUAUGGUGCGGAGGAAAAGCCGGUCGAUUUACUCUUCUUUUAGAUCAAUACCCAAAGUCAGUGAUGAAAGCCAAGACUUCAAGAGCACUGGGUGCCCUGUAUGCGCACAAGUGCGCUGUCAGUGCGUGAGGCGGGUGCUGGUGAACGAAGCGAGAAAAGCCCGUCGUCUACAGGCUUCUUAGCUUGCAGCAGACUGCCCUACUAAAAUACAUCAAUGGUUUUGGUUCAUGCCAUUGACAACUUGUGGCAGCUUCGAUUGUGAUGCAAGCUGAGGUGGGUUAUGGUGGCUUCGACGACGUGGUUUUGUACUCCUUCUUCACGUUCGUGCUUUAAUUUGGAG